UCAAAACAACACAAGAAGAGAGUUUGCUCUCUCUUUCUCCAUCUCUCUUCUUUUUCUUCCAACAUAAAACCAGAUUUAAAGAGAGGCGCGUAAUGCAUGUUAGUAAUAGUAGGGAAACUUAUUACUCCAUUAACCAAACACGCCCUUAACCUGACUUUCGUUACCAUUUGAGCUUUCUUGGUAAUAAGCCUUCAUUCAAACGACAAGAAAACCAAGAAAAGGAAGGAAAAAAAAGUGUUGUACUAAUCAAAUGUCCCGCGUUGUCGCCGACAAUUGCAUAUCGCUGGCGAGAGACACGUCACCCAUUUUCCUCAACAGCAUGGAGCUCAACCACCUCCACCCCUCGACCGCCGCCGCCGCCGAUUCCCCGACCCUCGGGCAGCUACUGAAGCACGUAGGCGACGUACGGAAAGAGGCCACCGGCGACGGCAACGAGACUCCGGUCCACCAAGUCCUUGAGCUCGGCCACGUCAGUAUGGAGCCACGGUCAUUGCCCUUCGUACUCUCCUUCAGCAACCUCACUUACAGCGUCAAAAUUCGCCGGAAACCGACAUUAUCUUCAGUUCUCCCUCAUCGGCUUCUUCGCCAGAGAGGCUCUGAUGAUUCAGAGCCGGUCCCGGGGGAAAGCCUCUUCACUAGGACCAAGAAUCUCCUCAACAACAUCUCCGGCGAGGCCCGGGACGGGGAGAUCCUCGCCGUUCUCGGCGCGAGCGGCUCGGGGAAAUCGACUCUGAUCGACGCCCUAGCGAACCGGAUUGCGAAGGGAAGUUUGAAGGGAAAGGUGACGCUGAACGGCGAGGUUCUUGAGUCGAGGCUGUUGAAGGUUAUUUCGGCUUACGUCAUGCAGGACGACCUGUUGUUUCCUAUGUUGACGGUGGAGGAGACGCUCAUGUUCGCGGCGGAGUUCCGGCUUCCCCGGACGCUGUCGAGCUCGAAGAAGAAGGGGAGGGUUCAGGCGCUGAUAGACCAAUUGGGUCUCCGAAAUGCCGCGAAGACGGUGAUCGGUGAUGAAGGUCACCGAGGAGUCUCCGGCGGAGAGAGGCGGCGCGUGUCAAUCGGGAUCGACAUAAUCCACGACCCGAUACUCCUUUUCCUCGAUGAACCGACUUCGGGGCUCGACUCAACGAGCGCAUUCAUGGUGGUGAAGGUUCUCCAGAGAAUCGCCCAGAGCGGCAGCAUUGUCAUCAUGUCCGUACACCAGCCGAGUUACCGGAUUUUAGGGCUUCUCGACCGCUUGAUCUUUCUCUCCCGUGGCCAGACCGUCUUCAGCGGCUCUCCGGUGAACCUCCCCCAAUUCUUCGCUGAAUUCGGGCACCCGAUUCCAGAGAACGAGAACCGAACCGAGUUCGCCCUCGACCUCAUCCGCGAGCUCGAAGGCUCCCCCGGCGGGACCCGGGCCCUGGUCGAGUUCAACAAGACAUGGCAAAGCAAGAAAGUAAAGAGCACUUCCGACCGGCCGACUGACAUUAACAUCAAUCAAGCUCUCUCUCUCAAAGAAGCAAUCAGUGCAAGCAUUUCGAGAGGAAAAUUAGUCUCCGGCGCGAACAACUCCGUCGAUCCAAGCCCUAAUUCGAUGGUCCCGACCUUCGCGAACCCGUUCUGGAUCGAGAUGGUGGUUUUGUCAAAACGAUCGGUCACAAACUCCCGCCGAAUGCCGGAACUAUUCGGCAUUCGGUUAGGUGCCGUGAUGGUCACUGGCUUCAUCCUCGCUACCAUGUUCUGGAACCUGGACGACUCCCCGAAAGGCGUCCAGGAGCGCCUCGGCUUCUUCGCCUUCGCAAUGUCGACGACAUUCUACACCUGCGCCGACGCCCUCCCGGUGUUCCUCCAGGAGCGCUACAUCUUCAUGCGCGAAACCGCCCACAACGCCUACCGCCGAUCCUCCUACGUCCUCUCCCACUCAUUCGUCGCCCUGCCGCCGCUCGUGUUCCUCUCGCUCGGAUUCUCCGCUGCCACCUUCUGGGCCGUGGGCCUCGACGGCGGAUUCUCCGGCUUCCUCUUCUACUUCCUCAUCAUCUUCGCCUCCUUCUGGUCCGGAAGCUCCUUCGUGACGUUCCUCUCCGGCGUCGUCCCCCACGUCAUGCUCGGAUACACUAUCGUCGUUGCAAUCCUGGCCUAUUUUCUCCUCUUCAGCGGGUUCUUCAUAACCCGGGACCGAAUCCCGUCCUACUGGAUUUGGUUCCACUAUCUCUCCCUCGUGAAGUACCCCUACGAGGCGGUUCUCCAGAAUGAGUUCGAGAAUCCAUUGAAGUGCUUCGUCAGGGGGAUUCAGAUAUUCGACAACACGCCGCUCGCGUCGGUGCCGUCGUCGAUGAAGCUGAAAUUGUUGGAGAAUAUGAGCCAAACUCUGGGAAUGAGGAUUACGAGGUCGACGUGCCUGACGACUGGGACGGAUAUACUGGCGCAGCAAGCGGUGACGGACCUAGACAAGUGGAGUUGCUUGUGGGUCACGGUGGCAUGGGGCUUCUUGUUCCGGAUUCUGUUUUACUUCUCGCUCUUGCUCGGAAGCAAGAACAAGCGGAGGUGAGGCG